GUGACAGAAGAUUUAUCAGAAGUGAGCACGACCAUGGCAUAUUCUGAUCUCUUACUGUAUGGGCUCGGUCAAGCACUGGCUGCCACACCCGUGGUCAUCUGUGGAGCCGUAUUCCUGUAUCUUCUCUAUCUUCUCUCACUCGGCAUCUACAACAUAUACUUCCACCCUCUUAGCAAGUUUCCGGGGCCUAAGCUAGCUUGCGCUACCGAGCUUUUCGCGGUUUUCCACUUCGUGCGGGGCCAGCGGGUAAAGUUUAGCAAGAAGCUUCAUGCACAAUACGGUGAGGUGGUCCGCACGAGGCCCAACGAGCUGUCCUUCCUCAACGAGCGUGCCUGGAAGGAUAUAUACAUGCAUCGCCAAGGCCACAAGCAGAUGCAAAAAGCUGGUAUACCUGCCCGCCAAAAUAGAGCACAUGCCAUAAUCAUCGCCCCCGAUGAUGUGCACGCACGCCAAAGGCGCCUCCUAUCGCAUGCCUUCUCAGAGCGGGCGCUUCGAGACCAAGAGCCGUUGAUUCAGGAGUAUGUUAGCCUCCUCAUCAGCAAUAUGCGAGAUGACGCGAAAGAAGGCCGUGAAACCGACAUGGUUCAGAACUUCAACCUCACCACAUUCGACAUCAUCAGCGAUCUCUCUUUUGGAGAAUCCUUUGGCGGCCUGAGGAUGAGGACGCCACAUCCGUGGGUACAGGCAUUCUUCGAUAUGGCUACGAUAGGAACUAUUAUGACCCAGUUGGUACUACUGAAAAUCCCGAUAAUCUCGAUAUUGGUGGGACUGCUGGUCCUACCUAUAUUGAGGAAGCGGCUCGGGAUUAUGGCCUAUACGAAGGACAAAAUUGAGAAGCGCAUCGACCAGGGAACCGAGAGACCUGACUUCAUGUCAUAUGUAUUGAGACACAAUGAUGAGAAUGGCAUGUCGCGGGAGGAGAUCCAAGCGACAUUCAACGUGCUCAUGAUCGCCGGCUCCGAAACCACUGCUACGUCACUGGCUGGAUGCAUCUAUCUACUUCAGAAGCACCCCGAGGUCCGACAGAAGCUCCACGCUGAAAUUCGGAAUACGUUUCGGGAUGAUAAGGAGAUCACCAUGCUCAGCGUCGGCCAUCUAAUGUAUCUGGAUGCUGUCGUCGAGGAGUCACUUCGACUCUAUCCCCCGGUCCCAAUCGCCUUGAAUCGUACAACGCCCCCGGAAGGCGCAGCCAUCUGCGGCCAUUGGGUCCCAGGCAAUGUAGCCGUUGGCAUUCCACAAUUCGCGGCGUAUACCUCCCCCCUCAACUUCGUCGAACCAGACUCGUUCGCGCCGGAGCGUAUGCUCCGUGACCAUGACGUGAAAUUCGAUAAGGACCAUAAGGCUGUCCUCCAACCCUUCUCCACCGGACCCAGGAACUGCAUUGGCAGGAAUCUAGCUAUUGCCGAGAUCAAACUAAUUCUUGCUCGAAUCAUCUUCAACUUUGAUCUUGAACUGGUCGAUGAAAGAUCGAACUGGCUAGAUCAAGAGGUUUCUAGUUUGUGGAAGAAGCAUCCGCUGAUGGUUCGAGUCAAGGAUGUCAGAGUAUAGGAGCCAGCUAAAGUCGUAUUGUGCUGGAGUUCAGGAUAGGAGUACUCUCGAUACUUUUUGAUACUGUAUUGAAAACCACCCUAGU